AUGUGGAAUCUGGCAUUGGUAAAUAGACGUUGGUUCACAUUGGUGACGAUGGCAAUUGGGUCAGCUGGAGACGAGCUCGAAUACAUGCCUCAUGAUACACUGGGCAACAUCCUGCGAGGCACACCUUCGCAAUGGUCACUUUUCAAACACAUCAGGUACAUCGAUCUCAAUAUGAUUGAGAAGUCAAAGUUCGAGCCUACAUCAUUGUUUGAAGAUGAUACACCGUCAUCAACAACAUCCUCCUCACCACUAUACGAUGAUGACGAGAUGUAUGACAGCGAGGAGGAGAGACAAAGACGAGAGCUAGAUGUCCAAGAUCAACUUGAAAAUGGCAACUACGACUCGUCGUUAAUGAACGAGACUGAAGAAGAUGAAUAUGUGGCUGAGCGCAGGAUAUGGUGGCGCAGGGAUGAGCCAGAGGAGAUGAGAGUGUACCUGCCAAUCACCAAUGUGGACGAAGGAGCAAAGGACGAGCAAGAAUAUUGGACUCGCAAGCUGGUUGACCAAAGAAAGAUAUUUCGAUAUCCAAACUUGAAGAAGUUCUACAGACAAUGGCGCAAGGAGGUGGGGAUGGAAGAGGAGCAAGAAGCAGUGACAGUCGCGACCAACAACAUUCAAUCGAUAUCAUUCAGACUUAAUUGUAUCAACAAGAGAAGUAGUAUGAUGGAUAUUCUAAGCUUACCAUACUUUGCCAACUUAUCCACUAUAUCCGUUAAUGGAGAAUGUUGGUACAUCAGCACCAAAUGGAUAACAAGACUCAAACAUCUUCGACACUUGGAAUUAGAUUCCUCGUUUGACUUCUAUAGCCUUCAAGAAGGCUUUCUAUAUGGCCGCUUUGACAAGCUUUGGAACAGGAUCGUGAGCAUCAGCAAUCAACUCAUCACGUUGGACACGAGCAUCGGUGGCGAGUGCCUCACGCUCAAGGAUCGUGCAAUUGGCUCACUCUUCCAAUCACAAUCAUUGACCAAUCUUUGGAUAGGAGGACGAUACGGACAUACGGAUGAGUUUUGGAGGGCAUUCAGCCAUCUGGAAGGGCACAAUGGAUUGUCCAGGUUGGCAGAGCCCCAUUCAUCAUUGGUGGCACUCAAGGCCAAUCAGACACUCACCAGUUUGGACAUCAUGAUACCUGGGAUUUUUAAUGAUGAUGCUAAACUACAAUACACUCAGCUGUUCUUCAAUGCACUGCUCGCCAACCAGAGCAUCACACACCUGGGCCUCUACAAUGAUGUUAACUUUGGCACAAUACUCGAAGGAUUGAUUAAUCGAUCAAACAUCACCAUUCAAUCAUUGAAAUUGAGAAUGGACGAAGUUAACUACCAGCUUACCGAUCAGUUGUUUAAGUUUAUUGGAAGCAAUGUCCAGACUGUCCACAAGUUGAAGAUUAUACCAUUUCCAGAACCAGAUAAUGCUGAUGAUGAGGUGGUUGCCACAACCAUUAUCAAUAGCUUCGCAAACAACACAUCUUUGAUGUCACUGGAUUUGGAUCUCGAUGAUUGGCAGCUAGAUAAAGUUGCCAAAGGACUGCUCGCAAGCUCAAGCAAAGGCGGACGACUCCGAUCAUUAACUACAUAUCGUUGUACCAUCACUGACGAGGUAAUGUCAUUGAUCAAUUCAAUACCAUCUUUGGAACUACAUUAUAACGAAUCAUAG